AUGUCUAGCAGGGGCCAUGUCUAUGGUUUGGUUUACAAGAACCAAUGGUAGAAAUUACAUGUAGAGGAGUUGAAGAGGUGAGUUGUGGCUUUGAAGAAGUAUCUGGCCACAAAGGGAGAGCAGGUGAGGACCUGCGUUAAAAAGGUAGAAUCAUUUACCCCAAAGAGGAUCUUCAAGUUAAUACCUGUAGAUUUACCGCCUAAGAUGUCUCUGUCGAGCAAGAGGGCCUGGAAGAUGAUGGGGAAGAUGGCUAUGGAGGAUGGUAAGAGGAGGAAGAUGGGCAACUGGUUUGACCCUGAAGGAUCAAGAGGUACUGGGUCAGUUGUUAUGGUGAAGGUUUGCAAGGUGCCUUGGGACAGGGGCAUCCAGUUGGUAUUGGACAAGUUGGAAAGAAUGGAAAAUGUGAUUUGUGAGGGAUCACAUUUGUUGGUGAAUGAGGAAGAGGUGGAAUGCAGGAAAAAGGCAGGUAAGAUAUCUUGUACAGUGGUGGCUAUGGUAAGGGGCGUGAGAUUGGUACAGUCAUCGUUUUGGACUGGGAUAUAGGUGAAGGGUCAGUGGUACUUGGUAUAGUGGUUUACUAGUUCAUGUUUCAGGCCAGUACGGAAGGAAAAUAGUUGGGCUAGGAUGUGAAACGAGGUGCAGAUGGUUGGGAAGGAUACCUUGUCUUGAUAGAUAAGGUUGACUGGCCGUUUGGGGAAGGUGGAGGAGUUGUUGAAGGAUAGGGUAGAUGCAGUCAUGGUCGAAGUGGGUCAGGCAGAGGAUGAGAAGAAGGGGAUACGGGUGGAUGACUCAUCAGAGUCUUCUGAUAGAUAG